UGAAAAAUAAAUUGAAAGUGGGGAGAAAAAGGAUAUAAUUUAUUGGGAAGUACAAAAAUAUUUUUUUAAUUUAAAAUUGUAUUUUAAAUUAAAUUCAAUUUUUUUAAAGAAAAAGAAAAAUCAAAAAUGGCAACUGCUUUGCCGUCGGCCAAUCAGAACGCGGCUUAUGGCACAGGCGCCGUCCGUUCCAUGGAGCAUAGCUGCGGAUGAUCUUAGAAGUGUAUUUGAAUGCGCCUAUACUUUUCUGGAGAAAACAAAAUCUUGAAACCGGGAUGGAUUCACGAGACUCAUAAUAGUAGAAGUAAUUUUCUACUAAAUCAGUAUAUAUUCGAUUCGUCAAAUUGAUUAGUUGAAAGAAUCUUCUAUGUUGCUGGUUGCUGCAUUUGUUAACUAGUUAAAAAGUUACAACACCAAAUCAUUAUCCCCAAAUUCCAUAUCUCUCACUCUCUGAAGCUAUAUUCCCGGCGACAUGACUCCGCCGCAACUCCUCCUGCUAACAUCUGCGUUGCUUCUGUCGCAUACGCUGUUCCCAUUCGCCUCCGCCACCUCCAACGAGGCUUAUCCUCCGACAUACGGACUCGAUCAGCCCUGGACUCCCCCCGCCGAUGAUCUAGUCCCUGUGCGCCGCGAAGUCUACGGAGGAGGCCGUAUCAUCGACAUAAGCCACCGGUACCACCCGGACAUGCCUUCCUGGGAGUCCCCCGACGGCCUCGGCCACUUCCUGUGGCUCGCUAAGAGCAUCAAAAAAGGGGAGCUCGCCAAUAACUCCGAGAUGAAGCUCCCCACCCACACCGGGACCCACGUCGAUGCGCCGGGCCACGUCUUCGAUCACUACUUCGAUGCCGGCUUCGACGUUGACACGCUCGACCUCGAUGUUCUCAACGGUAAUGCAUUUCUUGUCGAUGUUCCAAGAGAAAAACAUGUUUUAGCUGAAGUUAUGAAGACCUUAAAUAUUCCAAAGGGAGUACGAAGAGUACUCUUCAGAACACUAAAUACGGACAGAGGCCUUAUGUACAAGAAGGCAUUUGACACAAGUUAUGUUGGGUUCAUGAAAGAUGGGGCACAGUGGCUUGUCGAUAAUACUGACAUCAAACUUGUGGGAGUGGAUUACCUGUCGGUGGCUGCGUUUGACGACCUACUUCCUUCUCAUUAUGUUUUCCUUGAAGGAAGGGAAAUAAUCCUAGUAGAAGGACUGAAACUUGAUGGUGCAGAAGCAGGAAUAUAUUCAGUGCACUGCUUGCCUUUGAGAUUGGUGGGUGCAGAGGGAUCGCCGAUUAGAUGUAUUCUCAUCAAGCCAUGAGUUGUUGUCUUCACAUCACCCCGCCAUUGUCUUCAACUAUAUAACUCCCUCGUUUGUUUUAAUAAACUGAAUGAGUGUGUUUUAUAGUAAAAUUUGAGUUGAAUGAUUUAGUAGACAGCCCAAAUAAAAAUGAAGUAGGCCCAGCCCAUUUAACAUAAAUUAAUUGGACUUUAUUCGUUUCUCAAA